AUAAGUCAUUGAUGCAUAAUCACUCUGUAUUUAAAUAUUCAGUUACUGGUAGUUUCGCGAUUGCACAAUGUGAAUGUGUUAUCAGUUAUGUCAGAUAAGUUUGCAUAGUGCUCUACUGAAAAUGGUUAUCAAAACGAUCAUAAAUCACUUAUCGUAGUCUUGUUGUGCACAUGAAAUAUAUUUUCUAUAUUUAACCUAGUCGCCUUGUUUCUUUUCAAAUUAUAGGAAACUUACUAUUUAUAAUUAUUUGAGAAGUUAAUGUUUUCAUAAUAAAUACCGUACACGGAUUGUACCGUAGUUCGAUACAGUAGCAACAACCGGUAGUUCAAUUUUUCUAUUAAUUAUUUUAUAUAAAUAAUACAUAAACUUUUGCUGCAAUUUUCAUAAGGAGGAUAAAUAAUAAUACAUUAGCCAAGUUGCUGACUCCAUCCGUUUAGAAAUGAAAGAACCAAAUGUUUUAUAUGGACCACCGCUACAAACGAUAUUCCCGAAUCGAAAAGCUAAUGAAUCGUUGUCCACGUUGAUGUACAAUAGACUUCGAGAACAUGGGACUAAAGUAUCUCAGAUCGAUGCUGUUACUGGACGAAAUCAAACGUUUGAGGAUAUUUUGAAUUCAUCGUGUAUUCUAGCAUCCAGUUUGAAGAGCAGAGGAUUGAUUGCUGGAGAUGUUUUGAGUAUUUGCAGUGAAAAUAGGUUGGAAUUCACAAUCCCGUUAGUGGCUGCUCUGUAUAUUGGGGUUGUAUUUGCACCUCUCAAUCCUGCCUAUACUACAGAUGAGAUAAUACAUGCGCUAACAAUAUCGAAACCAAAAAUAAUUUUCUGCUCAGCCAGAGUUCUGAGUUCAAUCUGCGAAGCCGUCAGGAAAUGCACAUUUGUAUCGGAGAUCAUACUAUUCGAUCAGAAUGAAGAGUCGCUUCCCUGCAAAGUUACCUUCUACUCUAAGCUGUUGGAGUCAGCGCCGCAAGCAGCUGAUUCAGCUGUUUUUGAGGCCAUGCAGUUCGAUUACAGAAAGCAGACAGCUGUUGUAUUGUGCUCCAGUGGAACUACCGGUCUGCCCAAGGGUGUAAUGCUAUCUCAUGCUAAUUUGGAAGCUUUUGUUGUGGCUGGCGGGAAUCCGCGGCAACUAAGCCUCACAUCCGAUGAUAGAAUCCUGGGAUUGUUGCCCUUUUUCCACGGCUAUGGAUACGGAAUGAUUCUUAAUUGUAUCCUGUUGGGACCAACAUGUGUAAUUCUACCAAAAUUCGAAGAAAAUCUUUUCCUUUCAACCAUAGAGAAGUAUAAGGUGAGUGUUUUACCCACUGUACCGCCGCUGAUGGUGUUCCUAGCGAAACAUCCGUUGGUUGACAAGUACGAUAUGUCCAGUGUGAGGAGCGUGUUCGUCGGCGCGGCUCCAUGCUCCGUGGAGACCAUCAACGCGGUCAAGAAGAGGCUCAAAUUGAAAAACAUUCGCCAAGGAUAUGGGAUGACCGAGCUGUCCAUUGCAAUCACCGCGGCUCCCAAGGAUAGCAACAAUCCGUUGACUGUUGGUAAACUGCUGGCUGGAGCCGAAGGAAAGGUGGUUGAUUUGGAGACUGGAGAGAGCGUUGGUGCCAAUGUGAUCGGAGAACUGUGCUUCCGCGGACCUCACAUCAUGCAAGGAUACUAUGACAACCCCACUGCCACUGCCAACAUAAUUGACAAACAAGGCUGGUUACAUACAGGAGAUGUCGGAUACUAUGACCAAGAAGAAAACUUCUACAUUGUUGAUAGACUGAAAGAGCUCAUCAAGUAUAAAGGAUUUCAGGUAGCCCCAGCUGAACUGGAGGGAGUGAUUCUUACGCACCCCCAGGUUAAAGAUGCGGCAGUCAUAGGAAUUGCAGAUGAGUCAUCAGGUGAACUGCCGAAAGCUUAUGUGGUCAAGCAGCCAGGAGCUGACAUCAUGGAAAGAGAUAUAGUCGAUUAUGUCAAAGGUAAGGUCUCCUCACAAAAACGUCUAAGAGGAGGAGUGGAAUUUGUAUCAGUGAUACCGCGCAACCCUAGUGGAAAAGUUCUACGGAGGAUCUUGAGAGAUGGAAUCAAAUCAAAAUUAUGAGGACUUCUCAUUUUCUUCAUGGUUUUUAAAGAUAGACUUGGUGGCGUGAAGUUUUUCAAACAAUUUUAUAUACGUGAUUAUUUUCGUGGAAUAGGCUAUACCUUUCAAACACUUUGCAAAUAGUCUCUAUUUGCAAUUUAUAUUUUCCCUGUUUUUAACAGUUGUCUUACUUGACAUCGUUCCAUCUUUAUUAUUUUAUGACACAAUUUUGUUGUAAAGCACUAUUUUUACGAUUUUUUCUGAUUUUCUCUCUCAAUCUAUCCCAUUCGUUCCCUUUUCUCCAUGAACUUGAUCAUCUGUUUGGCUCGCCCGUUCUCAUUUCUGGAGCUAGGAUUAGCGUUCUCAUUUCUGGAGCUAGGAUUAGUGUACUUCAAAAAAUGAAAUUUCUACAGCCAAUAAUAAGUAAUAAUAGUUUUUAAAAGACCAUUGUGUAAUCUAAUUUUAUUAAGAUUUCAAUGUGAUGUAUUCUUGAUUGUAAAGUGUGCUUUUGAUUUUGAUUUGAACGACUUUGGAUUUGGUUUGAGGCCUAGUUAUUAGUUUUUAAAUCAUUGGUUUCAGUGUGGAAAAAAUAAAAUUAGACAUACGGUAGCUGAAGUUUUGUUUGUGCAUUGACGUAACUUUUCAAUAACUGUUCGUAAUCAACUAUAAGUUAUAAGUUAUUAUCUAUCGAAAUAAUUGUUAAAAUUGCACUGUACAUUACAGACUGAAAAAUUCAUUAACUGUUUAGUAUUCUGUGCCAUAUUCCAAUAAUUUAUUGGAAAUUGCUUUGAAUAAUACAGAUUAACUUUAUUAUUAUUAAACUUUUAUUAUUAUAUUAUGAUUUCUUUUUGUUUAAGUGAUGUGAAAUAAAAAUUAAAAUCGAUUGAAUUAUAUUUAUUGAAAUUUAUUUUGAUAAUAAAAGUUUAAACAAAAUAC